AUGAACGGCACAUCAAAACCACAGACAAUGCCCUCAAACUACCCACCGGAAACUCUAUCCCCAGAUCAUCUCAACUCCAUCCUCACCCAAAUAAAAGACUACCAAACUACCCACGGCUCCUUACUCAAAGUCAUCGGCUCAGAAACUCCGCACAGCGUACACCUCCAACCCAUCAGUGCCAGCGUAUUCCCCACUCUGUUCCCGCUGAGAUUAUUCAAUGAAGCUGCUGGUGAAUUGCAAUUGGUAUACAAUCAAUUGUAUUGCAAGCUUGCUGAGGAUGUGGAAUGGCUAUAUGCUGUGACAGGGCCGUUGAGAAAGACGGAGCCAUUGGUUGAUGCGUUGUGGAGUGUUUAUGAGGAGGUUCAGAUGAGACGACAGGAUGAAGGAAUGCAGUAUAUCAGGCAGAGAGUUCAUGCCGGCGUGUUUAGGUCGGAUUAUAUGCUUCAUGUCCAGUCUGAGAGUGCCGCUGAGAGUGACGACGACGGCGAGAACUGGGGUCAGAAUCUAUGCCUGAAACAAGUCGAAUUCAACUCAUUUUCCUGUGCUGGAGGGUGUCACGCUGACAAAGUCGCUCAUAUGCAUCGAUUUCUUGCACGAAGAGGUGUUUAUGAUUUUGUGUAUACCAGCAGUGAGAGUCAAGACGAACUGUUGAUUAACACUAAGAUGCUUCCAUCCUCUUUACCCAGAAAUAAUACAAUAAAUGGGAUUGCGUCGUUACUCGUUUCAGCACACAAGAUGUAUGGAUCAAAGCCGUACAGCCCAACAGCAUCCCAUACAGCAGUUCUAAUGGUUGUUCAGCCAAAUAACUUCAACAUCGCGGAUGAACGACCAAUCGAAUACGCACUAUGGAACUGGACCGACAACAACGGCGACGACAACCCAAUCCCAAUAUACAGAAUCGAAUGGCAACUCGUCAUACAAUAUACCAAACUCACCCAAACAGGCGAACUACUGUUCUUCCCACCCGAAAAUGGAGGUAGCAGGGAGGUCCAGCCCGUUGAGAUAUCAGUUAUAUAUCAUCGAGCCGGAUAUGAGCCUCACGAAUACUCUGAAGACAUCGAUGGAAAAGAGAUUCGAAUCAGACUCGAGUUGUCGCGCGCAAUCAAAUGUCCAUCUAUUCUGGGCCAUAUCACGACUAUCAAGAAAGUCCAAGAAGCCCUAACUGUGCCGGGGACUUUGGAGCGGUGGCUUACGACCGAAAGAGCGGAUAGUAUUCGGCGGACGUUUGUUGAGAUUCGGUCGCUUGAACAUUUUAUUUCUUCAAAGAACCCGGUACGGAAUGCGGAAUUGGCGGAAAAUUAUAUUCUGAAACCAGCUUCCCUUGAAGGUGGAGGAAAUAAUAUCUACGGCGCUGAUAUAUAUGCCUUUUUGAAAACGCUGUCGGCAGAAGCAACAGAAAAAUCAGCCUAUAUCCUUAUGCAGAGAAUACGUUCACCGAUGGAUGUAUACGGCAUGCUAAUGUCUUCUUCAAGGGGCGUUGUGGUUGAUGAAGUUGUUUCUGAGCUAGGAAUUUUCGGGGGGUGUCUCUGGGAAAGGAAAGAGUCAUCCUCUGAGGGUGAAAGGUGUCAGGUUAUUGAGAAUAGGGUUGUUGGGUGGUCAUUCAAGACUAAAGAGGUAAGUGUGGAUGAAAUGAGUGUUGUUAAAGGUUAUGGUUGUUUUGAUACCCCGUUCUUGGUUGAUUAA